AUGAACGCUCCAUCGUCUCCAUGGAGCGGGUCAAAGGUGUCCCAAAUGUGGUCUGCCAAGGGUGACGAGCGCUGUUCUCCACCUCGCUCGGAUGAAUACAAGUACUGGUCGCUCAUGCAGCUCAAGCGCGAGAUUACGCAGCGGCAACUGAAGACGAACCCGCGCAAACGCAACAAAGACGCAUUUGUGCGCGUAUUGCUUCAAAAUGAUCAGGAACAGACGAAGACUCAGGUCCAGACACCGAUCGAAAACAUUACACCGACCCAGCAAACGACACUGAAUGAACCUGUUAUGUUCGUUCCCACCUCAACCUCAGAACUACAGAACAUGUAUGUUACUAGCGGAACCCAACAGCAGGAUAUUUAUGAGUCGAAUGAGGGACACGCACAAGAGCAGCAGGAGUUGUAUCUAGAUCAUCAAUCACGACCACAUCAGCAACAGCAGCAGGAACAGAUCUAUGUUGAUAAUGGAGAGCAGCAACAGCCUCAUAUUUUUACCAAUUGCGGAGUGAUGCAGACCGCACGUUUGACCCUUCCGGCAUCUGCACCUCCAGUUGAAACUUCAUCUCAAGUUCAGACGCAGACUUCAGUUCUCAUUUCAGCUAAUGUUGCUCCGGCUCUUGAGUCUGAAGUAGCAAGUUUUCAGGUUACGAAAAGACAAAGGAUGGAGGGAGUAGGACAAGAGAGUGAUGGAAGUGAGAACGUAAAUAAUGCGGUAGCGUCGGAGAUCAGGAGGACUGAAUCGACGGCACAACAGAGUGGAAAAGGAGCGACAGAGUAUUUGAGACGAAAGCUGAGUGUUCAGGCAGCACGUUUAGAGAUUGAAAGCCGACGCUUGGACUUGGAAACUAAACGUGAACAGCGGAAUAGCGAGUUGCAUGCGGUGCAGCUUGCAUUAGCACAAGAACAACUGCAACAAGCCGAAAUUACUACCCAAAAGAUGAAGACGGAGUGGAUGGUGGAGCAGAUGAUACAGAAGAAGAGAUUGAAUGACGCUGGGAUUUCGCAGAAUGACUCGGCAAAUCUAGGAAUGUACAUGUCAUGA